AACGCACAUCCCUAAUUAAUUUUCACACGCCAUUUUACAAUUAAAUUUGUAACGAUCUGACGCUUUAUUUUAUUCGGGCAGUUUGUGCGCAGCGAGUUAUUGAAACUCCUGUGAUUCUAUUUAUUGAAAAGAGACUGCACACAUAGUUAAUUGGUCAUGGAGCGUGGCGGUUAUGGUGGUGGUGCCGGACAGGGAUAUAACAAUUUCGCUGUCCCCCCACCAAACUACCAACAAAUGCCAAAUAAAACGGGUAACUACAACGAGCCACCUCCGAACUACGGCAAACAAGGCGGUGGUUAUGAUUCCGGUUCCGGUCAUCGUGGUUCUGGUGGAAGCGGCGGCGGUGGCGGCGGCGGCUCAUGGAACGACAGAGGAGGCAAUUCUUACGGAAAUGGAGGCGCCAGCAAGGACAGCUACAACAAAGGACCCGGAGGAUACUCGGGCGGCGGCGGUGGAGGAGGCGGGGGCUCCGGUGGCGGCGGCGACAUGAUCACCCAGGAGGACACCAUCUUUGUCUCUGGCAUGGAUCCCUCUACCACCGAGCAGGAUAUUGAAACUCACUUUGGAGCGAUUGGAAUCAUCAAGAAAGAUAAGCGUACAAUGAAGCCCAAGAUUUGGCUGUACAAGCACAAGGAGACCGGCGCCUUCAAGGGUGAAGCCACUGUCACCUACGAUGACACUAAUGCCGCACAGUCCGCCAUUGAAUGGUUCGAUGGGCGCGACUUCAACGGCAAUGCGAUCAAGGUGUCGCUGGCCCAGCGCCAAAACAACUGGAACAAGGGCGGCGGUGGUCGCGGAGGAUUUGGCGGACGUCGUGGUGGUGGCGGCGGAGGAGGAGGUGGCGGUGGUGGUGGCGGAGGCGGUGGUGGAGGACGCUUCGAUCGAGGAGGCGGCGGUGGCGGUAAUGGAGGUGGCGGUGGCGGUGGCGGUGGACGCUUUGAUCGUGGAGGAGGCGGUGGAGGUGGUGGCGGCGGCGGCGGCAAUGUGCAACCGCGUGAUGGCGACUGGAAGUGCAACAGCUGUAAUAACACCAACUUCGCCUGGCGCAACGAAUGCAAUAGAUGCAAGACUCCCAAGGGCGACGACGAGGGAUCGAGCGGUGGUGGCGGCGGCGGAUACGGUGGUGGUGGCGGCGGAGGCUACGACCGCGGAAAUGAUCGCGGAUCCGGCGGCGGUGGAUAUCAGAACAGAGAUCGCGGCGGCAACUCGCAAGGAGGAGGCGGCGGUGGCGGCUACUCGCGAUUCAAUGACAAUGGCGGAGGACGGGGUGGCCGAGGAGGAGGUGGUGGCGGCGGCGGCAACCGCCGCGAUGGUGGUGGACCCAUGAGGAACGAUGGCGGCAUGCGUUCUAGACCAUAUUAAGCGCAUGGCAGCCGAUGGAGGCACCUAUUUUUUUCACUUUUACGUAUUAAUUGUAGCGAGUACCCCUUUAAAUGUACUUUUAAAUUUACCAGUCAGAGCCAAUUAUAAAUUAUAAUUGCCAGCACACAUCUUCAUUUUAACCGAUUUUCUAGCCAAACCGGUUAUUGCUCGUUUUGACUGAAUUAUAUUAUAUAAUUAUGUAAUCUAAUUUAACAAUUGUAACUGUAACAUGGUACAUACAAAUAAAUAUAUAUAUAUUUACAUAUAGCUCAUAUAUAUGUAUAUGUAUAUAUAUAAAAAAUCA